GGAAUUGAUCUCUUCCUUCCAACCGUUUGUUUAUAUUCUAUUGGGUUAGUUUCUGCUGUUUCAUAAAAAAUGACAAUGAAUGGUCCUAUCAUUCUCCUCAAAGAAGGUACAGAAAAUAGUCAAGGUAAACAGCAGAUUAUUAGCAACAUCAAUGCCUGCCAAGUUGUUGCAGAAGCAGUGAGGACUACAUUAGGUCCUCGUGGCAUGGAUAAAUUGAUUGUGGAUUCAAAGGGAAAAACCGUUAUUUCCAAUGAUGGUGCCACUAUCCUCAAGGAAUUAGAAGUUGUUCAUCCAGCAGCUCGUACUCUAGUUGAUAUUGCAAAAUCACAAGAUGCUGAGGUGGGAGAUGGUACUACUACUGUAACCCUAUUAGCAGCUGAAAUCCUGAAACAGUGUAAACCUUUAAUUGAAGAUGGUAUCCAUCCUCAGAUAAUAAUGCGGAGUCUUCGUACUGCUUUGCAAAUGGCUAAAGCAAAGAUAAAUGAAAUAGCAGUCAAAGUAGAAAAAGGUGAUGUUAAUAAGCAAAGAACUUUGCUAGAAAAAUGUGCAAUGACUACUUUAAGCUCAAAACUAAUUGCAGCACAAAAGGAAUUUUUUGCCAAGAUGGUAGUGAAUGCUGUUAUGCAAUUAGAUGAACUACUUCCAUUGAAUAUGAUAGGAAUAAAAAAAGUUCAAGGUGGAGCACUUGAGGAAUCAUUGCUUGUUUCUGGUGUUGCUUUUAAGAAGACAUUUUCUUAUGCUGGUUUUGAAAUGCAGCCAAAGAAGUAUCAAAAUCCUAAAAUUGCCUUAUUGAAUGUUGAACUUGAAUUGAAAGCUGAGAAAGAAAAUGCUGAAGUUCGAGUUGAAAGUGUCGAGGAAUAUCAACAUGUUGUUGAUGCAGAAUGGGAAAUUCUUUACCGUAAACUGGAGAAAAUAGUUGAAAGUGGUGCUAAAGUUGUACUUUCAAAAUUACCCAUUGGAGAUGUUGCUACACAGUAUUUUGCUGACAGAGAUAUGUUCUGUGCUGGUCGAGUUCCGGAAGAUGACCUGAAGAGGACCAUGAAAGCUUGUGGGGGUUCUGUUUUGUCUACUUGUUAUGAUAUUUCAGAAACUUCUCUUGGAAAAUGUGAUUUAUUUGAAGAAGUCCAAAUUGGUGGUGAAAGGUAUAACUUAUUUACUGGUUGUCCAAAUACCAAAACAGUAACAAUAAUUCUCAGAGGUGGUGCUGAGCAGUUUAUUGAAGAGAGUGAAAGAUCUUUGCAUGAUGCAAUAAUGAUAGUCCGCAGAGCUUUGAGGAAUGAUAGUGUUGUUGCUGGUGGUGGAGCUAUAGAAAUGGAACUGUCCAAAUUUUUGAGGGACUAUUCCAGAACUAUUAAAGGAAAAGAGCAAUUAAUUAUUGGAACUGUGGCUAAAGCAUUGGAAGUGAUCCCAAGGCAGCUCUGUGAUAAUGCUGGAUUUGACUCCACAAAUAUUUUGAAUAUGUUGAGACAAAAACAUGCAACUGGUGGAAUCUGGUAUGGAGUGGAUAUCAAUAAUGAAGACAUUGCUGAUAACUUUGAGGCCUGUGUGUGGGAACCAGCUGUUGUAAAGAUCAAUGCCCUCACAGCUGCUACAGAAGCGGCAUGUUUAAUAGUUUCAUUAGAUGAGACUAUCAAGAAUCCAAAAUCAAACGUUAAUCCACCUAGUGGUUUGCCAGGCAGAGGCAGAGGUCGACCAUUUUAAGUGUAUUUGAACUGGAAAGAGCUGUGAAUUCUUUUGUAUACUUAAAACAUUAAUUCCUGGGACUUUUGCACUUUUUGUUUGAAAUUCGAAGUGAGAUGCAUCUCGGUUGGAAUAACAAAGCUUGCCUUUAAAUUGGUCAUUUGUCUAACUACUAAAUGUUUUAUUUUUUUCAGAUGCUUUAUGUAUGAAAUGCUCAUCAACUUCAUUAUAUCAUAAUGAAUCAAAUAAAGUCUAUCAAGUUUCUCAUUAUCA